AUGCAGAGCUGCUGGGCACUGAUGCUGCUGGUGGGGGUGGUCGCCGGAGCCCCCACACAGCCCACCCUUCUCAGCUACGAGCAGGUCCUGGCUUCUGCGGUUGCCACCUACAACCAGGAGCUGGGCCCGGAGAAUGCCUUCCAGCUGCUGGAAGCUGAACCCCAGCCGGACUGGGACCCUUCUGCCAAAACCAUCCAGUCCCUGAAAUUCUCCAUCAAAGAGACGGUUUGCCGUGCGGAAGAGAACCCAGAUGUGACCCAGUGUGAGCCCAAAGAGGAUGGGGUUGACCGGGACUGCUCUGGGUUCUUUUCUGCUGAGCAGAAUCCGCCAUUGAUCAUCGUCCAGUGUGAAGAUGUGGAUCAGGAGCUGAGCCGGAUCACCAGGGGCCGCUGGAGAAGAUUCUGGAGGAAAACCAAGAGAUUUGUGAAGAAGCACGGGGUCAGCAUCGCUCUGGGAGCCGCGCGAUUUGGGUAG